GUCAUUUGACGCCCCGAAGCCUUCCAUCAUAGCCUGGGCGAUGAAGAGGAUCAAAGAUAUCGAUCCUGAGAGUCGCACCUGACGCCUUGCGGCACGCCGCCAUUCAGUGCAGCGAUCGCGAUCCACCUGUGAUAGCGACCCUAGUACAGCUCACACUCAUCGCGUAUGUCGGUGCACACAUGUCGCCGUCCGACCUUCAGCCCCGACUGCAGCGCCUUGGCGCUGACUGCUCAACACGCCAUAUAUAUCAGACCGCCAGCUAAGUCCCUUGGACUCUCAAACAGAAUCACCACUCAGCGUUCAACAUGCAGCUCAUCACCAGCAUCCGCAACAUCUACACGCGUUCCCGAGGAACUAUCAGUCACUUUCUGUGCCUCUCGACCAAGGCCUCAAGCAUAGACGCGGAAAAGUCAAGGACAGAAGCCUCUUCUUUCGCAUCCAACCCUGAAACCGAGCGCGACGAUGCGUCGAUUCGCCCCAUCACUUUUCGUGGGCGUGCCGAUGCGAGAGCCGCGACGGGUAAGGGCACGAAGGGAGGCCGACCAAUUUGCCCCGAUUUUGAGAAGGGAAGAUGUCAAAACAGCCGAUGCUCGCAAUUGCACAUGUGCAGCGCGUGCAGAAGUGCUGGCCAUCGUAGAGCCGAGUGUCCCAGUGCUGUGGGGGAGAAGAGGAGCAAAUGGUGUCACUGAAAUGUAUACUCGAUGCGUUUGUCUUCUGUAUGGCCAGCUCCUGUAGGCAGCCUCUGGAAUGGCCCGCAUUCUCUAUCGCUUCGUGCACUCAUACUACAUUAUCUUCUAUUCACCUCUUCGGCGAGAUUCAUAGAACAAAUUCCCCAUACGCAUGUUCAGCAUGGUGCAAACAAUAGAUUUUAUUGGGCGCUGA